AUGUUUGGACAAUCUAGAUGUCUCCACCACCGCUUCAACCCCAAAGCCUCCAGCUCCUUCCGGCCCAAUGGGACCAAGUUUGCCAUUCAAUACUGAACUGGCCGCCUAGAAGGCAUCCUGAGUGAGGACAAGCUGACUAUUGGGGGACUCACAGGUGCAUCGGUGAUUUUUGGGGAGGCCCUGUGGGAGCCCAGCCUGGUCUUCACAUUUGCCCACUUCGAUGGGAUAUUGGGCCUCGGUUUUCCCGCUCUGGCUGUGGGAGGAGUUCGGCCCCCGCUGGAUAGACUGGUGGACCAGGGGCUUCUGGAUAAGCCUGUCUCCUUCUUCUACCUCAACAGGGAAUGGGACCCUGAGGCAGCUGAUGGUGGAGAGCUGGUCCUGGGUGGCUCGGACCCAGCACACUACAUCCCACCCCUCACCUUUGUGUUAGUCACGAUCCCUGCCUACUGGCAGAUCCACAUGGAGCGUGUGGAGGUUGGCACAGGGCUUACUCUUUGUGCCCGGGGCUGUGCUGCCAUUCUGGACACAGGCACGUCUCUCAUCACGGGACCCACUGAGGAGAUCCGGGCCCUGCAGGCAGCCACUGGGGGAGUCCCCCUGCUAAUGGGGGAGUACCUCAUCCAGUGCUCGAAAAUCCCAACGCUCCCUCCAGUCUCCUUCCUCCUUGGCGGGGUCUGGUUUAACCUCACGGCCCAGGACUCAUCCAGGUAGAUUCCUCGGGGUGGCGUCCGUCUCUGCUUGUCUGGCUUCCAGGCUCUGGACAUGCCUCCGCCCGCAGGGCCUCUGCGGGGCGAUGUCUUCUUGGGCAGCUACGUGGCCGUCUUCGACCGUGGCGACAGGAAAAGCGGGGCGCGAGUGGGGCUUGGGCGCGCUCGAGCUCGUGGAGCAGGACAGUGAAAGCGUGGGCUUGCGCAGGCGCAGUUCUCCGGUUGAGGCCCUGGCACAGCCUCCUGCCGCCGCAGCCCCAGCCGCAGCCGCUGGCCCCGCCCCAGCCCCCGCGCCUGCGCUCUACCACCCGGGGUCCAGUCCAGCCCAGGGGGCGGGGCCUGA